AUGAUUGCUGAGAACGUUCUCGAAUUUGAAUCACAAAUCAGAGAUAGAGGAGCUCUAGUCACUUCAAGAAUUGCCGGUGAAGACUUCGACUCUGACGAUGACAUUUCAAUAUUCGGCAUUGCCGCCUCUGCUUCUAGCAUAUCUACUUCGUAUUAUGCAGAGUCCUACGAAUUGGUCCCUACUUUUGUAUCGGUACUCACUCAAGAUGCCGAAUUCCAUGAGCUCAUCUCUUUCACGAUAAAAAACGUCCAGAGGGACAAAUUACAUAGAUUCUUACGUCGACUUCUUAAGAACUACGCCGCAAACCUCAACAUAUCUGCUGUAACAGCGACCACGAGAAACUUGACACGAUUGUUGAGACAGCCACGCUACUUGAACCGCAUUGUGGCACAACUCAUGAGCAGCGCCCAUCAGAAACCCACACGAACCGAAGUCAUUGAUCAAAUCGAAUUUGAACUACUUGAGAAUGAUAGUAUUUCGAAAGCUACUUUGUAUCAUCUCGACAACGAUACGACGGCCAUAGCUGAAAGCGUUCUCAACUUUUUGGUUGACGGCACUCCGUUCACGAACCUAAAAUCAAACUUUAAAAGGAUUCUUUGUCCAGAACUCGAGAGAGGCACGAUAGUCAGCACUGCAGAUGCUAGCCAUUUAUAUCUUUUGGUUUCGCGAGAGAAAACAAACGGCGUUUGGAUAUAUAUGCAACGAGGUUGCGUUCGCAUCAUUUUUAUAUCCUUUACCUUCAUAGCUUUAAGCGUCUUUUUAGGCGUAUACUUCACCGUCAGCAAAGAUUACGGAUAUAGUAUGGGCGAUGCUUUUACCUUAGCUAGCUAUGUCAUUGGCCUUGGAACUCUAGUUUGCGGAGCGCUCAUAGGACAUCAUUAUCCACAUUGUAGAUGUUGGAACAAAGACCUCCCACGAACACAUCAGGUUUGA